GGAAAGCGAAAGUACACGAGGAAACGGUCGGAAAAGUCCCGCAGCUCAGAUCAGCUCAUCUCACUGUAGUCACCUCACAUCUCAUCAGACUUUUACUGCCAGACCCUCCUCAACAAUGUCCAAGUUUAAGAUCAGCCCUGACAACGAGCUCAAGGUUCAAAACUACCGCCAUUCACUGUAUCAGAAGGCAGAAGAUCUUUUCUCUAAUUAUAUUCCGAAGAAGAUUUCUCAGCUGGACAAUCUGAUUCAGGGGGAAGAACUGUGUAUCACGGAUCUCUCUUCCCUCCAUGCGCCGCUUGAUAUUCCCAUUCCUGAUCCUCCAAGCCCAGAAGAUGAGGAAAUGGAGACCGAUAAGAAUGAAGAAGAGGAGAAGAAGAAGAAACGUCCUGUGUGUGGUUUCAUCAAAGGAAAUGAGAAGAUCAUGAAUCUGCUGGACGUGGUGAAGCCUGAGAUCACGGGUCUUAAAGAGACCUGCAUCACUGUUUCCUGCUGGAUUUCACUCCUGAUUCCUAAGAUAGAGGACGGAAACGACUUUGGAGUCGCAAUUCAGGAGAAGAUCCUGGAGCGAAUUGCAGCUGUGAAAACCAAACUGGAGGGAUUUCAAACCAACAUUAACAAGUAUUUCUCAGAGAGAGGCGACGCAGUAGCCAAAGCCUCUAAAGAGACACAUGUGAUGGACUACCGCUCACUCGUCCAUGAGAAAGAUGAAGCAGCAUACUGCGAGAUCCGUGUCAUCUUACUCGACAUCCGCGGAUACUACGCGGAGCUGUAUGACAUCAUCAGUAAGAACCUGGAGAAGGUGGUGAACCCAAAAGGAGAAGAGAAACCCUGCAUGUACUGAGUGCUCACACACCUGUCUCGCUUCUUGCCAGUUAGAAAUCCUGAUUCUACUGGAUGGCUCUGACCCAUCACAACUACACACUGUAAAGACACUCAUGUCAAUACCAAUAAACCAUAGCGUUUGAUAUUUA